AUGUACAAACAUUCAUCUACAAUAUAUCCAUUGUUGAAAAUGUGUCCCACAACCAUUUGCCGAAAUUACAACCAUCCAUUUACUCCAUAUGACAUUCAGGUGCAGCUUAUGGAUGCCAUUUACGAUACUAUUGAGAAUGGUUACAAAGUUGGCCUAUUUGAAAGCCCAACUGGAACGGGGAAGACUUUAUCAAUUAUAUGUUCCACUAUGACUUGGUUAAGAGAGUACAAAAGAAACCAUGUAUUUGUAAUGGACGAAGAGUCAGAGGAAAGUAGCGAUGAUGAACCAGAGUGGGUGAAAGAGUCCUACAGAAGUUCCAUAGUCGAUAAAUCAAAAGAGAAACUCAAAGAGUUUGAGCUACAUUUGGAUCAAGUUGAAAAGAGUCAUGGAGAUAAGAUCAGAGCAGAAUCGAAAAUCCGACAAAAGGUCAAAAGACGCCAGGUUGCUCAGGAAGAGACAUUUCUACCUGAUGAUUACCAUAGUGAUGCCGAGUCUGAUUUAAUCGAAGCACAGAACCUAAAACUCAACAAGGAAAUAAAUCGAUUAAUGCAUCGUGAAGAGCACGAGACCAAGGAAUACAAUUGCAAAACCAAAAUAUUCUUUUCUUCAAGAACCCAUUCCCAAUUGAAUCAAUUUUCAAGUCAGCUACGACUUACAACCUUUGAUGCCUCGUUUGAUGAUAUGACAGAACGGACCAAAUACUUGCCAGUUGGGUCUCGAAAGCAGUUGUGCGUCAAUGAAAAAGUAUCCAAGCUUGGUAAUCAAAGUAUCAACGAUGCCUGCAUUGAUUUACAGAAGACCAAAGAAGGUUGUACCUAUCUAACAAAAGAUCAAUCACUAAUUAAAGAGUUUUCCGAUUUGAGUUUAUCGCGAAUUCGUGAUAUCGAAGAUCUUGCAACAUUGGGUACUGAACUCCACGCGUGUCCUUAUUACUCUGUACGAAAAGGUCUAGAUUCUGCUGAAGUUGUCUCACUACCGUACCAAUUACUUUUCCAAAAAUCUGCCCGAGAAGCAUGGGGGCUCAACAUCAAAGACGCAAUCGUCAUUAUAGAUGAAGCUCAUAAUAUUAUUGAUUCGAUAACCUCGUUGUACUCAGUGAAAAUUACCGUCAGUCAACUUCACAAAGUAAUGCAAUCUUUGAAAAUAUACUUGACGAAAUUUGCCAAGAAACUCAACAGUGGAAAUCGAAUCAACAUAGUCAAAUUGACAAAGAUUUGCAAAGUAUUGACAAAGUUUAUGGAAUCUCAACUGGCAUCACCAGGUAAAGAAGUCAAAGUGGAGGAUAUUUUUCUAGAUUCCACUGGAGAUCUAGUAAACAUACAUAAACUAGACGAGUACUUGACCAAGUCGAAAAUCGCCUACAAGAUUGAGUCAUAUAUGGAAAAAAAUGAGGAGCCCCACGCCGCUUCCUUGCCUGUACUUUUUGAGAUUGCUAAAUUUCUUCGUGCAUUAACCAACCCUAGAAAAGAAGGAAAAUUCUAUUGGGAUAAAUCUGCAAACGAAUUUGAGCUAAGGUACAUGCUAUUGGAUCCCAGUGUGAUCUUCUAUGAAAUCGUAACAGAAGCUAGAUGUGUUUUGCUUUGUGGUGGUACUAUGGAACCAAUGUCAGAUUUUACCAAAUUCUUAAUGCCACAAAUUCCAGACCAUCAGAUAAAAAGAUUUUCGUGCCAGCAUAUAAUACCGGAAAAUAACUUGAAAGUUUUUACUGUUGACAAAUGGGGUUCAGAAUUUGAUUUCCUGUAUAAUAGACGAGAUGAUAUGUUGCAGAUGGAUAGAUUAGGUCAGUUUAUUUUACAAGUUUGUCAAGUAGUUCCUCGUGGUGUUGUCGUGUUUUUUGGUAGUUACAGCUUCCUAUACAAAAUUGUACAACAUUGGCAACAAACCAAUACUUACCAAAAAAUAUCCGCUUUAAAAGCCGUUUUUCAAGAACCGACAAACUCAUCCAACGUCGAUUCCGUUCUAUUUGAGUACUCAAAUGUGAUUAAUUCCCAAAAGAAAGGAGCUAUUUUAUUUUCAGUCGUUGGUGGGAAAUUAUCCGAAGGGAUUAACUUUUCCGAUAAUUUAGCCCGAGCAGUGGUAAUGGUUGGUUUACCUUAUCCUAAUGCAUUUCUGGGUGAAAUUGUUGCUAAAAGAACAUUCAUCGAAUCACAAGUUAUAGAAAAGGGAGGUUCCGCACAACGGGCAAAAGAAUCUUCCAGUGAGUAUUAUGAAAACUUGUGCAUGAAGGCCAUAAAUCAAAGUAUAGGUCGUUGUAUAAGACAUGCUAAUGAUUAUGCGUUGAUUUACUUGGUUGACAAGAGAUAUAAACAACCAAGGGUGCAAAAUAAAUUGAGUAAAUGGGUUAAAGAUCGACUUGUCAUCAGUGACGACGCUAUUGAUGGUUCUGCUAAGUUUUUCCAUUUUAAAAGUCAAAAGGAUUUGGUCUGA